AUGUCUGGCCAUUGCGUGGAUUCUAAUGUUUUUAAAGGUGUCAAAGGAUUGGGGAAAGUGGCCUAUUUUACCGCUAUUUUCCCGUAUAUUAUGAUAACAAUACUAUUAGGAAGGGGUGCAUCUCUGGAGGGGGCAAUCAAUGGCGUAAAAUAUUAUUUAAUCCCUGAGUGGGAAAAACUUAAGGACAUUGGUGUUUGGUCGGACGCCGCCUCACAAAUAUUCUUUUCCCUUUCCAUAUGUAUGGGUGGAGUGAUCACUCUCUCCAGUUAUAAUCCUUUCAAAAAUAAUUGCCUCAAAGAUUCACUUAUAAUCGCUGUUUGUAAUUCACUGACCAGUAUAUAUGCAGGCUUUGCGAUAUUCAGUGUCAUUGGAUUUAUGGCAACAGAUUUGAACAAAGAUAUCGAAACUGUAGUUGACCAGGGUGUUGGACUGGCAUUCAUAGCAUACCCAUCAGCCCUGUCAUUAUUACCGGUGGCCCCUCUCUGGUCGUGUCUAUUCUUCCUAAUGAUCUUAACUCUAGGUUUCGGCAGUGAAAUGACUCUCAUUGAAGCCAUUGUUGUGACAAUUGUUGAUCAGUGGCCACAACAGCUCAGACACAGAAAAAUCUGGGUCUUAGCGGGUGUUUGUAUGACCAUGUUUUUAUCCGGACUUUUCAUGUGCUCUAAUGCUGGAAUCUAUAUUCUUCAAUUAAUGGAUACCUAUUGUAUACCAUAUUCUGCACUAUUUAUAGCACUGUUUGAAGUAAUAGCCAUCGCAUGGGUUUAUGGUAUCAACAGAUAUAUGGAGGACAUGAAGAACAUGUUAGGUUUCUAUCUAUUUCCGCGACACUAUUGGAAAUUUAUAUAUCAAUUCUUUUGUCCGCUUGUCAUCGCUGCACUCCUUAUACUGCAAUUUGUGUUCAAGACCCCAACCAAAUAUGGCAACUAUGAGUUCCCCGCAUAUUCCGAAGCUAUUGGUUGGAUACUAAGUGUCUCAUCAAUAAUAUUCAUACCUAUAUUUGCUUUCUAUCAAAUAUUUACAACAGGACUUCCAUAUAUUCAGUCUGUGAAAUCAUUAAUACAACCGGACCCGGACUGGUACAAAAACAUUAAUUCCAGUGGUGGUCUCCAUGGAAAGGAGUAUCAAGAAAGUGACCAAAUUAUGUCCAUUUAAGUGAUUUAUUCAUAAAACAUUUUUAAAUAAUUUUGUAAUUAUAUUUAAAUGGCC